AUGAAGAUUCGCACAAACAUACUAUCUAGUUGUUUAUUUACGCUGGCUGCAUUCGCCGGCCAUGUCGCCGCCAACGCCGAUAAAAUCAUCUUCACUGGUCCCGAGCCCGUCACCUACCCUUUAGCUUCACCGUCGCUGACGGAUCUCAACCUCGACGUCAUUGACCCCGAGACCCUGUCUAUCCGCACAAAUCUCAGUCGCAUCUUCCACGAUGACUCGAAUCCGCAGCUGAAAGGCAAGCCGCGGGGCCGCGCGAGCUGGUUCCUCCUCGACAAUCUCAGUCCGGGCCGGCGAUAUGAGCUGCGCGUUUGCUGGGCCGCCAUUAGCGUGAAACAGGAACCUACAGAAUUCACCAUGGAUGUCUACGAGCUGGACAAGGUCUGGGAGACAGCAGACCUCAUGCUCUCUCUCGCCAACUACUCCUCGGAUCGCCAGAGCGACGUCGAGGAUCAACAACCCCAGGUACACCGUCGGAGAGACUCUUCCGCCGAUGCCAAGGAGCGGAAGGCGUCCCUUCUCCUCCUGCAGGUCCACGCUGCCGCAGACUACUUCUCGCACCAUCCAGACCUCAUGCGCAACCCACCACCCGUGCUCGUGGACCUGAUUCUGGACCCGUACCUCUUCAACGCAGUCCCCGAGUCCCUGCUCCUGACGGCUGGAUACGUUGUCCUUGUCGCAGUGGCGAUGCUCUUCCUCGCAAAAUGGAUCGCGAAUCGCAUGACCGACAUUGCCACCAGCGAGGAUCGUGUAUCAAAGAAGAGGGACUAG